AUGGCAAACAAUGAAUCAGUUGAUCGUAUAAGAGAUGUUACAGAAGAAGCUGACAAAACAAAUCCAAAUGUUUCAUUAAUUUGGUCAUUUGACGAUGAGACAGAUAACGUCCAAUUUAUUGCUCAAAGUGAAGAAAUAUCAACUAUCGAUGUUCCAAGUUAUGAUUUUACGAAACCUAUUGAACGUUUUGAUACAGAUAUCUCAUAUGAUAAUGUUCAAGUUUUUUUCCAAGAUAUUGGAUUCAAUAAUAUCACGAUUGAUCGAUUAAAACCUUAUUUUUCUACAUUACAAGAUUUCGUAGAUUAUGAUAUUUUUGGUAUUAUUAAACGCCUUGAAAUCGAUCUUCUCGCUAAUGAAGAUAGUACGAAUAAACUUUCUAUAAAAAGCCAACAAGAUUUCUUCCAAGUCCUUUGUAUGUUUGGUUUUCGAGAUGAAUGGGCUCAAACUUACACAUGGGCAAUGGGUAAAGCCUAUGCUGAUCAACUUGUCAAAACUUCUAUUGAAGAAUGUAUUCGACUACGAUUAACACCCUCCAAUACAAUUCAGCCAUUUCCUGACUGGAUGACAGGAAUAGGAAACAAUGAAUGGCAAACUUAUAACAAUUCAGAAUUUCGAGACGGCAAUGACUUUUUCAUACGAAAGCAAACACGACAGAAUCUAUCAGACUCUUAUGAUAAUCUUAAUGAAAUUGAUUUUAAUAGUCUAACAAAUCGAACUCGUCCGAAUGAUGCCGAGCCGCAGUACUGGUUUCACGCCACUGAUUGGAAUAGUGCAGAAAAUAUACUGCGAACUGGUGCUGAACGACGCGGAGAAAAUACGGAUUUUUCCAAAGGUCCUGCUUACUAUGUAAAUAAUGAUUAUCGCGAUUGUUAUGAGUUUUUAUCUAGACGCAAUCAUAAAUUUAAAGGACAACAUGCAAUUUUCAUCUAUGAAUUUGAUCCUGAAUUGUUAUCAAAUGGACGAUAUGUUUGUAUCGAUGAAGAAACACCCGCUAAUGUAAAAAGAUGGGGAGAAGUUGUUUUUUCUUGCAUAAAUAAGAAACAGAAGAAAGAAGUUAACGACAUACAUGGAUGUGAUUGCGUAUUCGGCUGGCAAUGUGCCAACCCUAAUGAUGGUAAUCUACAACGAGCUAAUAAAUCUACUCCCCACAUACGGGUACGACAAUAUGACGGACAAUAUGCUACGCAACUUGCCAUUCGAAGCAAUCGUAUGUUAGCAAAAGUCGACGAUCAUCUAAUUGGAGUGGUAAUAUUUCAACAAUUGUAG